ACAAAUAAUCUUGAAGACUGCAGUUUUGUGUUGUUUCUUUUAAAAAGCUCAACAGUACCUUAUCAUUAGUCAGUGAUGUCGAGGGCAUCCCCAAGAAGUACACGACCAUCUUCAGAAAAUUUAAAGAAAACACGAAAAACGCAAGCUUUCUCAACGGAGAACGAACUUGUAAGUGCCCGAGGAAGCACGAAACCUCGAAUGGCACCCUCCGUGAUUGAUCAUGGAUAUCAUACAGAUAAAUACAAAACUUACUACAGUGCUUGGACGCCGGUUUUAAACAGUGCGUCAAACAGUAAGAUUUUCGUAGAGCGCUUGGAUUUGAUCGGACACUGGUUUUCUAUGUGGACAGAUGCACAACGGAAGAAAUUUCUUACAUUUAUUCUAAAGAGAUGCACCAGAUCACAGUUAAGAUUUGUAAAUGAAGGAUGGUUCCAAAAACAGUUACCAAUUCUCCAUUUAGACUUCACAACUGCUUUACCACGGUUCAUAUCCACGUAUAUUUUUUCAUUUUUGGACCCAAGAAGUCUUUGUCGUGCUGCACAAGUGUCGUGGCACUGGAAGUUUGUAUGUGAACAAGAUGUCAUUUGGAUGCCAAAAUGUUUACGGUAUGGUUGGUAUUUGCCCUAUACACCAGGAAGUAGAGAAUUUGGAUGCUGGAAACACCAUUACAUCAUGUGCACUAGCUCCCUUGAUAUGGAAGCUCCAUCAAGGAUGGCAGAGAGCUAUGGUCAAUUUGCUGACAACAGUCCUAGGGUGACUCAAGAAAAGAUCAAACAAAAAGCACAAGAAAAGAGGAGGAUCAGAGGAGCAAAAUAUUACAAAGAAGAGACUCGCCGUCCACCUUGGUUGGACACUGAUCCCCAACCCAGGGACUUGGAGAAUUCACGGAAGGCUAUGCUUUAUGGACAUAACCCAAAUCAGCCCUAUUCUCCUGACCAACUGAGAAUGGAGAGACUGGGACUGAGUACCAGACCCUUGCACAGGAGGUCACAGACUGCACCAGCACACAUGGCAACAGAGAGGGUCAUGAAAAUCAGCAAAACUGUUGACAUCAACGGUAAUGUUAUUGAGGAAGGAAAAGAACCAGUUCAUUCUUCAAAGUUGACACUCACAGAAGCUCUUGCCACUGAGUCUGGAGUGGAUCAGACGUGGCCUCAACCAGUUCCUUCUUCACCAGUGCGACGACAAGAUCUUACGUGUGGAAUUCAUCCUAGCUUGCACGACUCAAUGCUUACAAAAAGAAGUUCUCAGGACUUUCCAAGCUCCCCUAAUCCUGCCGUUAUAUUUAUUUCAUCAGAAAUCCCAGCAUCUGAGUUAUUGUUAGAAGCUGUACAGUUUGGAGUCACUGCAAUCCCCUACGAAUAUGAAGGCACAACCUUAGACGCGUUGAUGGAAAAGUUAAGGCUCGCUCUGCAGGGAAGACAAGCCAAGUGCGUUGGUCUGUUUGCUUGGGGAGACUCUGGCACUAUUCGUCUUGUGAAAGGUAAAACACUGUCAGAAGAGACUGUAAAUGAACCAAGCAUGCGACACUUCUGGGAAACAAUAACGACAAGUGUUACGGCGCGAGAAUCUGGAGGUCACGUGGACAUAUUUAUACCUCUGGUGGAAACAGAGAAAGGAAUGGAUCUCUUGGUACAGUUGGGUCUAUUAACCGACAUGCAGUUUUCCUGUCCUACGGGAAUGACAGGAUCCUUUGCUAGAGUGGAAAGCGAAUGGCUAUUUGUCCCUAACUCUGGUUCUCCGCCAUCUUUGUAUUUUAAUGCAACAAAAUUUGGUUCUUGGUCAAACACCGUGGACUACAUCGAGGAAUGCGUUGAUGUUGUGAAGAAAAAUCUCGACUGUUUCUUUACUGAAGAACAGAGAUAUCUGGCUCAGCGUCUUGUUGGACAAAUCACUUUCGAAGCCUUAGGGAUGUGCGAGUUGUACAACGUGUCUGAGAUUGCAUCUGUUCUUGUUGAUGCGAUCGUCUCUCUCGGAAGGAACAACGCAUCCAGGAAUUGGAGUGGCCCAGUACAAGGCCUAAUCGAUUAUCUACAGAACCAUGAACAUAAAGACAAGAAAUUGAAAAAAGUUCGUAAAGCAACGCAGCAACAAGAUGAUUUCGCUUCAGACAUGGAAAGUGUCGAUGCCGAUUCUGAGGACGAGUUAGACGCAAGCCAUUUGGCAAAAUUUGAGCCCAGGAUGGGCACGUCGGUGCGUGAAAAGAGGACACAGGUUGCCCAUGAAAUACUUUCAACAGAGGUGGAAUACAUGAGAUGUCUGUCUAUUAUUCGAGAUGUCUUCAAGAAGCCUUUGCAAGCAUCCCUGGCCUCAAACAGGGCCAUAAUUAGUGCCGCUAACAUUCAGAGUUUGUUUGCUGACAGUGAGACGCUACUGGCCCUCAGCAGUCUUCUGCUAAAUGACUUGUCAAAUCGAUUAGACAAAUGGAAUUCGCAUCAAAUGCUGGGAGACAUCUUCAUCAGUUUCACAAAUCAGCUGCGGGCCUACACUAAUUUCCUAAACAACUAUCCUGUCACUCUUCAAACACUUGAAAGGUUUACCAGAAUUACUUUUUCUUCCGGAAAGACGAGUGAAAAGUUACGUAGAACUGUUAGAAGCUUUCUUGAAGCACACGCCCUCAGAUCACGCGGACAGGAAAACUCUCACCCAGGUUAUCGCGAGGUUCAAGGAUCUCUAUUGUUUAUUCAGAGAGUACAAGACCCGCCUAGAAAGAGAGAAGUUUCUCCAAGAUUUGCAGAGGAGAAUAGUCAACUGCCCGGUGCUCGCUGAGAAGGGUCGCCAUUUCAUUCGUGAAGAGAAUGUCAUUCUGCUUUCCACUCCAAGCACUGGCAAAGAAGUAAAACCAGAAUUUAGGAUUUACCAACAAGUUGGAGACCUUGGUUUGUUCUUGUUCAAUGAUGCUCUGGUGAUCGCGACGUUAACGUUUAAGUUCGUACCUUUCCAAAGACUAGUUCAAAGAAACUACAAGUUCCAAGCAUGCCUCACUUUGAAGAAAUUGAAAGUGGAAAAUUUAGCUGAUUCAAAAUAUAUAAAAAAUGCGUUUACAGUUGUGUCGCCCAAGAGACUAUGGCUCUGCCAGUCACACUCGUGGAAUCAGAAAUUUCAGUGGAUUUCAGUUCUAGAGAGUGCCAUUAACUCUGCAUUAGAGAAAUGAUAACGCAUCCGGCGCCAAGAAAAUUUUCCUUUUCCAGCCGUAAUCUGGUAUUGUCGCGAUAUAAAUUUUCUCCGUCGAAGAACGUGUCGCGUUACAAAACUGAACAACGGCUGCAAGGUAGACCAAGCGUCAUGCAAAACAUAUCGAGUCUUACCAAUUUACUCCAUCUUUGAGAGAUGUAAGGUUUAUUACACAUUAUACCAAAUUCGAUAUUCCCGCCAAAACCUUCUGGUGAUAGAGUAACGGAUUUUUCCGCGUGUUAAAAUAUUUAUUGACAGCCUUUUAAAGUCUGCUGUUCGUUCGUCCUUUGACACGAAUUUAUUUUUUUAGUUUAAUUUCAUUCAGAAACGAACUCAAGAAAAUACUUUUUUAAAUACGUCGAUUUGUAUUUUACCUUUGAAAAACGAAGUGAAAUUUUAAUAUAAAUUACGAGGGUUAUUUUGAGGAAAUUUAGAUAUAUGACCUGGAUGUUUUCAAAUAAAAGCGAAGAAGAGUGUAACAAUGUGAAUUCCUGUAAUUUUAUUGAGUUUGAAAACCGCUUUUUGGUUUUCAUCAAAAUACGACAACCUUCUGCAGCUGGUAAUCACAGGGAGUAAAAGAAGGGGCUGUGGGUACUCUGGUGGAACGAGUGCCGACGCCGGAAAGACGAGAACGGUGCUAGAAUAUCACUAAGACCAAAUAUAAAUUUAUGGCCCAUGUGUCAGUAGGGACGAUGCCUAAAAUAAGUUUUGUACUGCGUGACUGCAUAGAAUUUCAGCUAAAAUUAACUCGGGAGAGUUCCAUAUGGCCAACGUUUAUGUGCAUGUUUUGUUUCAUUUACAGAGAUCUCCGUAAGCCCCGACAACCGGCGAAAAUCGCCGGCUACUCAGAUCCAAAUAAUAAUAAUAAAAAAAAACUUUGUUUUGCAUCCGAAGGCAACUUUUUCAUUUGCGACGCCUACUUCCCCUUGGGUAAAUAUUUUCCGAAAUAAAUAAAGUUUCCCUUAAAGAG